UCCAAUGUUUUGUAUAAACAUGAAUGAUCGAUUGUAUUUACAGCAGUGAAUGGAUCCGCUGCUCAAUUCGGCUUCUCCUUCCCUCUCUUUCCGUCGUCUCAGAACCAAAAACCCUUGUCUCUACCCUUUCUAUCUUUGGCGUUCUGUACUUUUAAUUGGGCCCUCAGAUAUAUAGACACAGACAUCAGCGAUAAAAUAAGAAUGGGAGAAGGGAGAGAAGGGGAUUGGGAGUGCAGUGGAUGCAAUAACAGGAACUAUGCAUUCCGGUCAUUCUGUAAUCGUUGCAAGCAACCUCGCCUUCUCGUCGACAACGAAACCCCUGCUGAUUCUAAGUGGCUGCCCCGUAUUGGCGAUUGGAUCUGCACUGGUUGCACUAACAACAACUAUGCAUCAAGAGAGAAGUGCAAAAAGUGUGGACAACCAAAGGAGGUGGCGGCCAUGCCAGCAGUCGCAAUGACUGGAGCAUCUUUCCCAACUUACUCACAUCAUUUUUCCAGGGCCCCAGGAGGAGCUGAUCAGAAAAUGAAUAUCGGAUUGAUUGGAAAUAGUGCUCCGCCGGUUUCCCUAUGGCUACCAAGUGGAAACUAUGGUUCUGGACUUCCAUAUGAUAAUUCUGCCAACCCAAACUUACCUAUUCCAAAAGGAUGGCGUAGCGGGGACUGGAUCUGUAAUUGUGGCUUCCAUAAUUAUUCAUCACGUUCCCAGUGUAAAAAGUGCAAUGCCUUUCCACCUGCACUUGGAACAAAACGAUUAGCUUCCGAAGAAUUGGUUUAUGACUGGGAUAACAAGAGAUUGAAUGUUGGACAUACAAUUGAGCAGCAACAAACAUAUACAAGUGUGGAGCAAGUGGUAGGGGCCAGUGCAGAUUCAAAAUCUGGAGUCUUCGCUUCUGCCACUAUAAACUCAAGUACCGCUCCAAGUUUGCCAAUGCCCAUGUUGUUUCCUCCUCAAAUUACUACACCUGCACUCCUUGGGAAAGGAGCAAAGCAAUGGCGUAAUGGAGAUUGGAUGUGCACAAAUUGCAACAAUCACAAUUAUGCUUCCAGACUACAGUGUAACAGGUGUAAAACUCACAGAAUGGCACCCAUACAACCCGUCAAUGUAAUGUAAUGUUGUAUUUGAUUAUACUACUAGUUAGAAUGUUGCAUGCACAGUUGCUGCUUGAGUUUUGUUUUGGUUUUCCAGCAUGUAUUUUUCAGCCAAGAAGUGGAUUUUCUUGCUAGGCUCGUUAUGCUUGCAUGAUUUAGUGGCAGUUCAUUUCAGUUUAUCUGAAAGAUGUAUAAUUAUAUACAGAUUCAUGGUAUAUCAGAUUUUUGGUGUGUGUUGUGUUA